UUCGAGCAUCAAUGUCCCUGUUUGGCUGUCUUCUAUAUAUUUUCUGUUUCCUUUACUUUUCACUCGUUGAUCGGAUUCAUGAUUGCAAAUCAGAUGGCUCUAGUCCACCAAUAAGCAGACACCCCAACUUUCCUUAGGACACAUAUAUGUUGACUAUUAGGACUUGGUCCUUUCCCCCCCUAGGCUCUGACCCGCGCCUUUAAAAGUAGACAUCUUGUUAGGUAAUGAAAUUAAAACAUUACAUGCAGAACGACAAAGUUUAAGUGCUACGUUAUUUAGCAAUUUUAAUUUCAAUUUUACCAUUGGCAAAUAAUUAUUAAAUACAUGAAUUAUACACAAAUAAAUUAAUUAUGUGAUGCUGCAAAAUAUGGUCAUCUUUGAAAAUCCACUAAUUAAUAUUAGAGUAUUGAACCAACCACACUUUUACAAAGCAUCGUUAGAAGACAGUUACAGGGUAAGUAGUACUUAAACAAGAUAAUCCUUGAGGCUUAUAAAUAUUGAUGUUGUUAUUCUAAGCUGGACACAACAACAACCUGCCUCUCAUCACUUUCAUCAUCCCACAAACCCAUAUUGCAUUCCUGAAAGAAAGAAAAAAAAAAAAAAAAAACAAUGGCGGAAGGAGUUCUCUUCGACCUUGGCAUGAAAGUCCUUGAAGUGGUGGGUUCCUUAGCACUCCAAGAGAUCAAGUUGGCCUGUGGUGUCAAAGCUGAGCUUGAAAAUCUGAAAAGCACAGUUUCAACAAUCCAAGCUGUGCUUCUAGAUGCAGAAAAGCAGGGCUCUCAUAACAACGAGGUCAAAGACUGGCUCAAAAAGCUCAGAGAUGUCUUCCUUGAUGCAGAUGACGUGCUGGAUGAUUUCUCCACUGAAGCUCUGCAGCACAAAGUGAUGACUGGAAGUAAGAUGACGAAGGUGGUUGCGGCGGCCAAAUGACUGAUAUGCCCCUUGAAAUUGGACACUUACUUGUCUUCAGACAAUACUACCUAGUGUUGUUGUGAG